GCUUUGACGUCACAGGGCGUGGCCGUGACGCUGUUUCUUCCUUUGCGCUCCACGAGAAAGACACUGUAAGGUCAUGUUUUAACUGUACAGUUUCAAGUUCGGUGGAUGAGGGUCUAUUUCAGCAGGUGCAAUGUUGAAGACUCACAAGAAAAGAGAUGUGACACUGCUUAGUGAGGAAGACACAUUGUGUUGCUGUGAGUAUGUUGAUCAGCAUGGUCAGAAGAACCAUGUAAUGGCAUGCUGCUGUGAUUGUGAGGAACUUGACCAGGUCUGUGACAGGUGGCUUAAAUGUGAGGCCCUGCCUCCCAAUUCCCUAAACCGUGUUUUUGAAACACUGGCAGACAGAUGCCGUGUACCAUGGAUCUCGGGAGCCCAAAAAUUGGAUCUGACCGUGUUGCCUCCCCUGUUACUGCUCCCUGUAUCACUGCACAUUGCAGCCCUACAUUUCCUGCUGGCUCUCAUUAUCCUAACAACACUUCCAAUAUGUAUACUGUGGUAUUAUUACGUUACACAUCGUCAAAAGGGCCACACUCUGUUCUUCUUGAGCCUCGUCCUUUUUUCUCUAGGAUACAUGUACUACCUCUUUGUUACUGAGGUUGUUCCAAGGGGUGAUGUCCAUCUGAUGCAGUUAGCAGCAGUGACUACUGGAUUAAUCUUGACAUUGUUGGCUCUUGCACGGACUAAAAGGGAUCCUGGUUACCUCCGAACUAUCAUGCAUGCUAAUGUUCACAGCACAGUAAGGUACUAUCAAAAGCAGUCAGAGAGAGUUGGCAACACAGCUCCUAAUGGCAUUCAUCAUAACUUUCAGUUGUUCAAUGAGUCACUGACACCACAGAACAAUGGCAAUAAUGACAAGAAGAGUUGGUGUCCAGCAUGUAAAAUGUCUCGGCCUCCCAGGGCAGGGCACUGUCGGAUUUGUGCUUCCUGUGUACAGCGGCUGGACCACCAUUGUGUCUGGAUUAACAACUGUGUUGGACAAGCAAACCAUUGUGCCUUCCUGCUUACUUUGUUUUUCUUCCUAAUGACCUCGGUGUAUGGAAUCAUUUUGACCCUUGGCUCCAUCUGCAGGGGACAGUCUGUGUUGUUUGCCCUGUUUUACUGUCCCAGAGUAUAUGACCAAUACAGCUCUGCACUCUGCUUCACUUGUACCUGGUACUCCACCAUUGUGACGGCAGGAGUGCUGCAUUUGUUUGUCAUACAGCUUAUUAAUGUGAGCUAUAAUGUGACAGAACGGGAAGCUCGCAUUGCACUUAGGCAGAAAACUGCUCGCAAAUACCUAUGGGGACUAAUCAUCGACACAGGCCUUUAUAACCUGGGCUUUAGCCAUAACUGGCGUGAGUUUCUGACCAUGAGUGUCUCUGCUUUUCCAUCUAAACUAAGCCUGGAAGAUGUUGUAUAAAUGACAACGAGACUUUUCUGGGGUACUAUGGUUUAAAGUGGUCUUAACUCAUUUAACACUACAAUGUAAAGCUACUGCAGACGUUUGCUUCUGUUGGGAGCUCUGCCUGACUUGUGUAGCCACAGCGAUACAGAGUUUGUUUGGGAGAAAAAAAAAACAUGUAAGUAAGGGUACAGAGUGCACUAUUGAAUGUUUAGAUGACAGAAGUACAGUAUUAUGAAAAUUGUAUCUGCCUUGCUCUACAGAGAAAUCUAACUAAGAGGUUAUGGCUUUAUAGCAAUGUGAAAGCAGCAAACAAGGAAUUGGGUAGUGUUGCCUCAUUUCAUUGCUAGACUUAUUAAAAUAUCACAGAAUUCCCAGCUGCAAAUUACUUCUGAAACAUCCGCUUACCUCUCAUUUUGAAGUACUGGUAGUGAAAAGUGUGACUGUGUUAUUUUAAAGGUAAACUGCAACAUUUAUUUAUUAGGCUAGAAACCCAAUGAAACACUAGCUGAAGAAACAGCAGAGGCCUCGUUUCUGAGUGGCGCUACAAUCAAUUGGAAACUACACAUUUUGAACGUAUUACAUCUGAAAUGCAAUAUUUCCUAGAUAUGUAAUGUAUCUUCAUUGUCAAUGCAAUAUCACUGUAUCAGUGAAAACAAAGAGCAAUACUUGUGCUAUUCAUUCGUAUUUUGUGGAGCAGACUGACCAUUUACGCAGGCUUUUAUGUAACUGCAGAAAAUGUAAGGAGAAAGCAUUGAUUGCACAAGUCACCCAGACCUUUAUAGAAGCCACCUGUCGAGCACUGAAGCUUCAGGUUUGUUAAAACGUUCUGCCACUUAUCAAACAGUUUUUAAACUGGCUCACCUUGUGUCUUUCUCAAGUUAUGUCAGUUUUUUUAGUUAAUCUGUUUUUUAAUUAUUUUUCCAAGUAUGUUUUUUUUAAUCCCAUAGAGAUUUAUCUUCUUAACCCAAAGAGCCCAAUGGCAUUUUAAUGUGUUCUAUUACAGUACAGUAUGUCAACAUUUUACAAUUCUGGACCCUGAGUGUCUGCUGGUUUUCAUUGCUAAUUACUAAAUAAUAAACCAAUUUCAUAUUAACAAUCAAGUAAAAAAUGUUUGGACCGAUGACCAGCAUUCAUCUGUGCACCUCACCAGAAUAUGUUGUCAUAUGGAAGGAAAAAAAGUAAAGGCUCAGAGACUGUCCAAGUGGCACUGUGUUAAACGGAGACCGCGGGAUGAAGGAGUCAACAGGCAUUUUGGUUACUCACUUGUAGCAUUACACAGUCAAUUUGGCCCCCAUACUUGAGCACAGAUGUAUCUGCUUUUGGACAGUGAGCAAAUUUCAUUCCAUUUUAACAAAAGAACAGACAAUUUUAUAUUCAACCAAUUCAGAUGGUGACUGCUGAGUAUUUGUACUGGAACAUAAUUAUACAAUAAACUGUGACAUAAGCCAGUUGUUUUAAAUCAGGAGAUUAUAUGAAUUUCACACUCAUUUGCAACUUAAACCAGAAACAGUAAAUUGCUAGAACCAGAACUGUACAAUACUCAUAUUUGUAAGAUUUCAUAAUAUUGCAGGACAAUCAUGACUAUUGCAGGUUUUCUGGGAUGUUCCAAGUCCCUGAAAUGCAUAGAAACCCUUGUCAUUUGAAAAUGGAAAUGUAAAGCACUUCUAAAAUGAAUGACUCAAUGUGUUAUUUAAAUCAACUACUGUUUAGCACAGUUUUGAAAGCUCAAGCUGGUGGCAGAGGUUGAUUCCUUUGUCAUCAGACAGCCUCUCCUCUUCCAGCAUCUGUUCAAUGCCAGUCAAGAGAACUGUACUCUAAGUCUGUUUUAACUUGUCACACUGCAUAAAUUAAACCAAUUUCUGCCUUCAAAAAUUAAUGGAAGUAGAAACCACAACCACUUUAGGGAUCUAAAUAAAAGCAGAGGAAUUCCCCAACCAUAAAGUGUACAGAUUAAAAACUCUAAAUGCCCCUGACCCAAGAGAGUCUCACUUUCAGACAAAUCCCCCUGAAGUGGCAGCAGGAGGAGGGCUUACAGUAAACCUUUAAAGAGCUGCAUCUUGCUACCGUACACUGGCUUGGCUGUUACUCAGACUUGUAUUUGAUCAGUGAGGUUCAAAGUAGAUUGAUCUCUUUCCAGUUUUAUGCUCAGUUGUGAAUAAAGAUCAGUGACUAAGACGCUGGACAUGAAACUAAAUGUUAAGUGAUUUAUUGCACAAUCACCUCAAAGUUGUGCCUCUCCACUCCAUAUUUAACCUAAAACUGAACUAAACUGCCCGAGGUUCAGAUACAAGAUAAACAAGUGUGUAUUGUUUGGGCUGUUAAUCAUGAAAAGCACUGUAUAACACAGACUGACUGAAGGAGCUAAAUUCGCAGAAUCUCCAUGUUUAACUCUAAAAAAGAAACUUAGAGGGAUUUGAUUGUAUGUAUAUUUCUUGUUUAAUUUUUGUGAAAUCUUUUCUCAGGUGCUAUUUCUGUGAAUUUGUACAGCAUAAUAAAAUGUAAACUUUC